CAAAAUGAAUGAGUACGAAUAAGAAGGUGUGAGUUGGUAAACAUAAAAUGGCAAAAAAGCAAUUAAUUCUAUGAACAUGGAUUUAAAAAACAAACUGAAAUCACUCAUAAGAAAGCAGGACUCCCUGCCAUCACCCAUCGAAGAAAAUAUAAGCCAUGAACUGUUCAAUGGUGAACCAGCAGUAGCCAAAUAUAAACAUGAGGUAUUGCAGAGUAACCCCCAGGAGGAUCGGGAGAUCAUGGAGAAGAUUGAUCCGGAAUAUUACCAAGACGUAGACGCCAGCCAGUAUGAACUGGAGAAACUGCCGGAGGUGGUGGAUCUGGAGAGGGUUGAUGAUGAUAGGAACAGACUCCGACGUCAGCUUCAGUCUGUGUCAAAAAAGGUAUCGGAGCUGGUGCUACAGAAUCACCCAGCAUACGCUGCAGAGCUACAGCGUGUAAUGGAGCUCCAGAAAACCCUCCAGCUUGCAACCAUCAUCUGCAAAAAUGGCAGGAGUCAGUUGUCUGAGGCGAGCCACAAGUUCACAAUGACGAGCCUACAAUUGCUGGCUAAUGUUCGGAAACGACAGCAACUAAAAGGCCUUCUCAAAUCAAUUAGAACAAUCAAGACAUUGCAAAGAACAGACCUGAGGUUGCGUGAAAUGCUGGUGGAAGAAGACUUCUGCGGGGCUAUUCAGCUCUGCCUGGAGUGUCAGAAAGCUGCUGCCCUGCUUAAACACUACAACUGCAUCAGUGAGUUGAGUUCAAAACUGUCGGAUACCCUUGAGUUGAUAGAGGAGCAGCUGGACUUUGCCCUGUCACGGACCUGCAGUCAGUUUGAUGAGACACACUAUGAAAAGGUUCAGACUGCAUACGGCUUGCUGGGGAAGAGACAGAAUGCCCUGGACCAGCUGCACCUGCACUUCACCAGUGCAAUCCACAACACAGCCUUCCAGGUUGUCCUUGGUUAUGUGGAGCUGUGUAACCAUGGUAGCACAGAAACAAACUUCAACAAGAUGCAGUUCUCUGACCUCUGCAAGCAUGUGACGAUAGAGAGUUUCACUCCAUGUCUGGUUGGGCUGUGCAAGGCCUUAUGGAGCAUUAUGAGGAGUUACCAUAGUAUAGCUCGCUGGCAUGAGAAACACGACCAUCUUGACACAGUGUCACAAGAUGAGGCUGCACGUUCUGGUGAAGAAAUGACUGCUAUGUACAUAAAGCAGAAGUUGGAGCACGGACGAGUACGUAUCUGGCAGGACGUGCAACAGAAGGUGCGCACCUACAUCCUCGCUGUUAGCCUCUCGGAAUACAAGCUGGAGGAGUUUAUACAGUUCCUUGACAUUGUCAACAGGAUGAUAGAUAUUGGGGAGUAUUUCUGUGAGAGCAAGUCCGAGGGUCUCCAGGACUCCCUUAAACAACAGAGCCUCAAUUACUUCAAGAACCACCACAGGGCCAAAAUGGAUGAGUUACAGAUGUUCCUGGAGAACGAGGGCUGGGAGCUGUGUCCGGUCAAGUCAUCCUUCCAUGUUCUCAACCUUGUGGAGUUUAAGUUCAUGCGCCAAUCAGCGUCCUCUCAGAAGAUUCUGGCCAAUCAGAACCUCGCAGAGCAGGACAACGGCCAAUUUGAAUCCUCCAGGAAGCGUCAGUACUUUGAAGAGUUUUCAGGGGACAGUACUCCAUUUGAUAUACAGACAGAGUCGGAAGAAAAUGAAGAUGUGUUCGCUGGCACAGGGGAUGACGGUAAUGGAGAGGAGGAGUUCAGUGACAGUGACUCUGACGUGCCCGAUGAGCUCAAACAUGAUUUCAUUGACGAGCUCACAGGAGAAACACAUUCAAGGCCUGGGAAAAGGAAAUUUUCCAGAAGCAGAAGUUUCCAGAAGCAUGUUUCCAUAGUAACAAAUACCUCGCUCAAUGUGUUCAGGGUCAUUGGUCGUUAUAUUCAGAUGAUGCGACUGUUAAAGCCUGUGGCCUUCGAUGUUAUGUGGUCCAUGGCCCAGCUCUUUGAUUUCUACAUGUAUUCUGUGUACCUGUUUUAUGGAUCUGCUUUGUCGUCCAUGGAUAACCGAACCAUAAAUAUUCGGUUGAAGUCGACACUGAUGAGAAUAAAGGAUAGCCUCAUCUUGGAUCUGGAUGCAUCUGAUACCUCUGACGACCUGGAACAAAGGGAGAAAAUCCCAGCCCCUCAUCUGUCCCCGAUUGUGGACCUGAACAAUCCAGAGAGGAUGUUUGGACUCCCAGAACGUAUUGUGGCAGCAGAGUCACUGGUGUUUCUUGGGGAACAGCUUGAGUUUCUCCAGCCCCACCUGGAGGCCCUGAUCCCGGUCAACAAGAGGCCCUUCCUCCAACAAUUCUACUCACAGACAGUGAACAUGGCAGCUGAGUUACGGAAACCUGUGUACUGGUCCGUGUCCCUGCGUGUAAUCCCGUACGACACGGUGCUACAACAUAUGGCCACUGUGCGUUGGGAUGUUAAGGAGAUCAUGUCACAGCAUAACACAUAUGUGGAUGUACUUAUGCAGGCUUAUAUGUCAUUCGACACCCGGCUUGCCGAUAUGUGCAAGCAAAUGCCGGUUCCCCGCGCCACAUAUGACCACCUCUGGGACCAGAUCCUCCGUCUGUCCGCACGCACAUUCGUCGAGGGAUAUGCCAACGCAAAGAAGUGCAGCAUAGAAGGCAGGGCCCUAAUGCAGCUGGAUUUUCAGCAAUACCUCAAGAAUAUUGAAAAACUGGUGGACUUAAGGCCAAUUCCGGACCGUGAGUAUGUGGAAGGAUACAUUAAAGCGUACUACUUUCCUGAGAAUCAGUUGGAGAUCUGGCUCCCAGAACACAGGGAGUACAGUUUUAAGCAGUUGACUUCGCUAGUGAAUGCAGUGGACCAUUUAAACAGGAAGGCAAAACAGAAACUGGUUUCUAUGCUAGAAGAUAUGGAGAAGCCACGCAGAUAGCACUAAUGCAUUCUACAUGCGGUUACACACAACUAUUGAUAGCUGCCGGGAGCUGUGUCCACAUCCAAACUUUAUAAUUGUACAAUUUUAAAAUUAGUCAUGGAUUUUAGUGUAAAUGGAGGCACAGAGUGAUUUGCAUAAAUGAUCAUUAUUACCUCAGCUGUAUAAAACACCCGGACAAAAGCUCUUCCAGUGAAGAGCCAUUCACUUUGGCCAAGACUUAUAAAUGACAUUGCCAAAGCUACAUGUAGUUGAAGCUGCACUCUCACAGAUUAACCAUUUUUACAACUUUUUUAUUUUUUGUCUUGGAAUGAGCCAAUUUUUUUGUAAAUAUCUGCAAAUUAGUGAUAUAUGACUGCUGACAAUAGGUCAGAUCGCAGAUUUUCAUAUUUCUGUUCGAAAAUUAAUGUUUUAUGUCUUAAAUUGUUACUAAUGGUUUAAGCAUUAUGCAUAAAACAUCAAUUUCUGAACUUAAAUAUGAAAAUCUGUGUUCUGAAUUUUUGUCAGCAGACUUAUAUCACUUGUUUCCAUGCAUUUUCGAAUAAAAUGGCUCGUUCCAAGACAAAAACAAAAAAAGUUCAAUCUGUGAGAGUGCAGCUUUAAAACUCAACUAACUUCUCUGUGUCUGUCCUAAUAGUCUGUUUUUAUUUUGGUAUAUCUUGUUUAAUACCAUAUUCUCAUUUUGAAGAGUUAUGAUUGUAAAAUCAAAUUUAAUUAAUUUUGCUUAAUGAAAAAUGAUUCUUUGUUUAGUUCAUUUUUUUUGGUAAAAUCUGGGGCAUGCAGGAAUGUAUGACCAGAGCACUAAGUUACUGUAUUACAUUUUAUGUCAUCACUGGCUGUAAAAUGCAAUUUCAAGGUCAAUUUUGUUUUUCUUAAAGUGGUAGAUUUUGUCAGUAGAGCAAGGGGGUCUCAAAAGCAGUAGAUUUUGGUUGGAAGAGCAGCAAGGGGGUCUCAAAAGCAGUAGAUUUUGGUUGGAAGAGCAGCAAGGGGGUCUCAAAAGUGGUAGAUUUAACUUUAGCUGGAAGGGUUCACAUGUCUGCCAUUGAAUAUUUUUGUAUUUGAUGCAAGUAUGCAAUGAUACAUUCCUACUCCACAUACAUUGUAGCGGCUAUCUUACAGGACAGUGUAAUGCCUUAGUUAGUGUGAUUAUUAUUGGUUAGUAGAUUAAACAAAAGCUAUGUACAUGGAGAUGAAUUACACUUUAUUCUGAGGGAUUUUAACAACAUCUUUAUGAAAUCACAAAAGCUAUGUAGAUUAAUUAGAUUUUAUGCUGUGGGAUUACUACAACAUAUUUGGAAAAAAAAUCACAAAAGAUGUGUAAGUAAAUUAGAUUUUAUUCUGAGUGAUAAUUAAAAAUCUUAAAGAAAUCAUAUAGUAGUGGUUUUAGUAUAAAUAGUGUUGUUUGCAGACACUGUUUUUGGACAUAUAUGUACUUGUUUGAAACAUGUAAUAUUGAAUUUGUGAUUGUGAUGUGAUGAAUUAUGAUUUUUUUAGUUAGAAGUGUGUGAAUGCAACUUUAUUUUGUAUUUACUUUAAAACAUUCCAAAAGCAUCAUUUCAGUUAUUAAAAUAGUUUUUGAACCAUGAAUCAUUGAUUGAAUAGAAGUUAAAAAUAUUACUGUUAUACUAUUUAAUUUGUUUAUUUAAGUGUGACUUGGAGUUACAGUUACUUAUAACUCAAGUCAGUUUCAGCAUUUAAACAUGCUUUAAGUUGUGACAGGACACAUAGCUGGGUCAUGUCAGAAUGCAGCCAAUGGCAGUGGGCAGACCUUUAUAAACUCUUAAGCAACAACAACAACUAUUCAGUACAUGUUAAAUUGUCCAGUAUUUUGGUAUGGUUGUCUAGAUUGAGCUUGCUAACUUGAACCAAUGCAAAAUUAUGAGCAUGGGAGAAUCAUGUUUGCUUAUUACACAUGUAAAUAACUAUUUUUUAUCAUUUACCCCCCAAAGAACAUGAUUCAGUUUAAACAGUGUUUAUUUCAUAACACAGACACACACACACACACAUAUAUAUAUAUAUACAACAUUACAUAUAAUGUACAAGUAAAUGAUUGAGGAGAAUGCCAAAGGCUAAUAUGGAACCCCUUUCCUUCUAAACAUUAUUUCAAUUGGUUUUUAAGUGUCGGCAAAUGAAAAGGUUGUCAAAAGGGUAUAUCAAACGUACAGGUGAUUUGGUCCAUCAACUUCUUUAAUGUCGACUUGUGAGAUAUAACAUGCAAUGUUGCAAUUAUAGUUUUGUUAACAUGACUAGUUAAUAAGUGAACAAGUUAACAUAAUUAUUAUGACAUGUCAUGUUAUCACCCAAAAGUGACAUAAUUAUUGCGACAUGUCAUGCUAUCACCCAAAAGUGACAUAAUUAUUGCGACAUGUCAUGCUAUCACCCAAAAGGGACAUAAUUAUUGCGACAUGUCAUGCUAUCACCCAAAAGGGACAUUAUAAUUAUUGCGACAUGUCAUGUUAUCAUAAUUAUUGAGACAUGUCAUGUGUUAUCACCCGAAAGUGACAUAAUUAUUGAGACAUGUCAUGUAAUCACCCAAAAGUGACAUAAUUAUUGAGACAUGUCAUGUGUUAUCACCCGAAAGUGACAAUUAUUGUAACAUGUCAUGUAAUCACCCAAAAGUGCCAUAAUUAUUGAGACAUGUCAUGUUAUCACCCAAAAGUGACAUGAUUAUUGUGACAUAUCAUGUCUUAAGACCCAAAAGUGACAUUCAACAAGUUGACAUUAUGACGUCAUCUGUAUGUUUGAUAUACUUUUUAAUAGUCAAAUAUAAUGGAAAAGUUACUGAAAUAGUUGUUAAUGUAUAAUCUUAUCCAUUAAGAGAUUACUUCUUAUGAACUUUUUAUGCAUGUUAUACAUGUAUUUCUACACAUAUAUUUGUAUGAUUUAUACAGAUAAUUGCUUGAUAUUUAUUUUGUAUUUCACUUGCACUGUAUAUAUGUAAAUAUUCAAAAAAGGGAAAGACAAACUCCCGCUUUCCCAACACGUUUCGACUUUAAUCUUCAUCAGGUCCCUAGGUAUAAUGAGAAAAAUUAAGUCAAUUUUAUGACCUUUUCAGUAUGUACAUAUACAACUUAUAUAUAUAUACACACAGGACAAUAUAAUAGUUAGUAAAGCAUGUGUAUGUUAAUCUGCUGCAUAAAAAAAUGUUUCUGUGCUAAACAAAACCAGUCAAUAAAUGUAUGUCAAAAUUGUACAAAUAAAUUAAUAAAUAAAAAUGUCAUUAAGUCUAA